AUGGAGAGAACACCGAUCAAGGGACCUCUGCGGUCGCACAUGAAAGAGAAGCUGCGCGUCAUGUGUCUUCACCGCGUGCGCGCCAAUCGCGACCGCCUGCUCUGGGACAUGCGCACGUCUGCUUCCCCCUCUCCCUCCGCGCACCCUCCCCUCGCUUCACAUUCCGCAAGCCUCUCCCCGCUGUCCCCUAGCUCCCUCUCGCUCUCCAAACCACAAUCGCUCUCCUCAACCUCCUCCUCCUCCCACUCUCACUCCCUCUCUUACUCCCUCUCUCACUCCCUCUCGCACUCGCUCUCUCACUCCCACUCGCCCUCGUCACUCUCCCAACCUGCUGUCUCCUCUACUCCCUCGCCGUCUUCCCUCACCGCCCCGCACCCGCUCCUCACCGUCCAAUCGCACGCAUCCACGUCAGCAGCACUCGCGUGCAUGGGCGCGCAGCAGCCAGGGGGGGCGGCUCGAGUGGGGUCGGGCUGGCAGGCGGACGCGCGAGUGGGAAGAGAGGCCGGCGAGCGCGAUGGGAGGGCUGAGCGCAUUAGGGGCGCGCGGGGGGACGAGCAGAUGGAAGGCGUGGCGAUGGGCGAGCGCGGGGAGGGGGAGAGGGAGGGGGAGGAGUGUGGGAGAGCGGUGGCGGGGGCGGCAUGGUCUGGCGGCGGUUGUGCUGAGCGGGAUGAGGGGUUAAGGGGGGCGCGGUUGGAGUUGGCGCACGGCAUGGGCGCGGAGGGGCGAGGGCUGCGGCCAGAGCUGCGGAGAGUGCUGUUUGGGGAGCUGCAGCGGCUGCAGGGCGGUGGAGGGCAUGGCGAGGGCGAAUGCGAUUAUUUCAAUGGUGAUGGUGGUUGUGGUGGUGGUGGUGGCAUGGGGCAAGGCAGGGCGUUGGGUCUAGAAAGGGAGUGGCAUGCAUCAAUGAUAGAGAGGGGCGAGCACCAAGCGCGAGCGAUGAAGCAUGAGUGGUCCUCGUGUGGCGCAAUGCACGACGGGGGCGACGGGGCACGGGAGAUGGGAGGCGGGGCGAGGAGGCGAGGCGAGUGGGACAGCGACGAGGAGGCAGCAGGGCGGUGGGAGGACGCGGACGGGGUGUUGCAGCUGAGCGCAGAGGAGUACGAGGAGCUGCUGCUGGACAUGCAGAGGGCGCUGUAUGAGGAUGAGGGCGGGGAUGCCCAGCCGCCACCCCUCCCCUCGGGUAUGUGGUGUGCUGCUGCUGCACAUGCAGAGGGCGCUGUGGGUGCAGGCCUCUCUGUCUGUGCGCGAGUGCUGCAUAUGUGUCUGUCCGGUACUUUCACCCAUAUGUCCGCCACUCUCACCCAUCUCACCGCCACUCUCACCCAUCUCACCGCCAGUCUCACCCAUCUCACCGCCACUCUCACCCAUCUGUCCGCCGCUCUCACCCAUGCUCACCCGCGCAUCCCUAUCUGCCUGCACCCCUUCAGUGACUCGGAGCAUGUAGCAGCGCGGCUGCAGGAGGUGCCAUUCACUCCCUGCAAUGACCCCCGCUCCCUCUGCCCACUUUUUGAAGCGGUUGCAGCAGGGGGGGACUCGGCAGCAUGUGCAACUAGAUAUGCCAGCCGCCUCUCUCACUCCUGCAUCUCCCACUGCCCACGCCCCUGUGCAGGUGACUCUGGAGCAUCUAGCAGCGCGGCUGCAGGAGGUGACGUGGCAGCAUGCUGUGGACUGCCCUGCGCUGCCCUCCUUCACACUCCACAGGAGCCACGGUGUCACCGCCCUCCUCGCUCACUGCCAUGCAUGCCCCUUCUUUGA